AUGUCUGAGCCCAUUAGGAACAAGAAGGCGGACUUUCCUGUCGCCCCGACACCGCAAAACACGCCAGCCAACAAUGCACCGAUUUCCUCCCAUGCUCAGCAACCUGGUGUUUCCAGCAUCAAAGAAGAGUCUCUUGACCAUGCCACUGCCGCCUCGCUGUUCGCGAGAAACCCUGGACUUGUCUCCAUGAUUCAAGGGAAACUCGGUUCGCUUGUUGGCCGCUCAUCUGGCUACAUCGAGUCUUUGCCUGUCUCUGUUCGUCGUCGGGUUGCUGGGUUGAAAGGUAUUCAGAAAGAACAUGCCAAGUUGGAAGCCCAGUUCCAAGAGGAGGUUCUUGAACUUGAAAAGAAAUAUUUCGCGAAAUUUACCCCCCUUUACGAGAGACGUUCCACGAUCGUUAACGGGGCUACCGAACCGACCGACUCAGAAAUCGAAGCCGGCAAGGAAGAAGAGGAGAACAUUGAUGCUAAGGAGGAUGACUCGAAGAAGGAGGAAGAUGAGAAGGAGGAAUCCCCGAUGGCUGGAAUUCCAGAAUUCUGGCUCUCUGCAAUGAAAAACCAGAUCUCACUUGCUGAGAUGAUCACUGACAAGGACGAAGAGGCUCUCAAACAUCUGGUUGAUAUUCGUAUGGAAUACCUUGACCGCCCAGGUUUCAGACUUAUCUUUGAAUUCUCGGAGAACGAAUUUUUCACCAACAAGACAAUUUCAAAAACAUAUUUCUACAAGGAGGAGAAUGGUUAUGGGGGCGAUUUCAUCUAUGAUCAUGCCGAGGGAACCAAGAUCGAUUGGAAGGCCGAAAAGGAUCUCACUGUUCGCGUUGAGAGCAAGAAGCAGAGGAACAAAAAUACGAAACAAACCCGUGUUGUCAAGAUUACGGUACCGACAGAAUCUUUCUUCAAUUUCUUCGCCCCCCCACAACCCCCCGCAGAGGACGAUGACACGGUUGCUACGGAUAUUGAGGAACGCCUCGAGCUUGACUACCAGCUUGGAGAAGAUAUCAAGGAGAAGCUCAUACCCCGAGCCAUCGAUUGGUUCACUGGGGAGGCCCUCCAGUUUGAGGAAUUGGGUGACGAUAUGGAUCCCGAUGAGUUUGACGAAUUUGACGAUGAGGAUGACGAGGAUGACGACGAGGAUGAAGAUGGCAGAGCGUCUGAUGAAGAUGUUGAUGAUUCUGAUGAAGAGGAUGGUACUUCCAAGCCAAAGAAAGAGGCGGCUGAGUGCAAGCAAAGUUAA